AGCCGGAAUUUAUCAGUUGGUCUUUGUUUAUUACAUGCAUUCUGUGUUGCAGACCUUCCAAUAUGCUUGUCCUGUAUUUCUGUCCUUCUCAGCCUUUCACCUUAUCCUUCCAUUUCUUCACAGUAUUUCUUUCAGGUCUUACCUGAGUCAUUUUUCAUGUUACCAGAAAACUAUUGCAGGCUGUGAAUGCACUAACGGCAGUUGCGACAUUGUCGUUAGGGUAUUUCCUAUAAUAUAGAUUUAUAAAAGGAAGCACAUAUACAGAAGAUGGAUCGCGAAGCAUUCCCGCCGUCUGAAAUUCGUCAUCUCGAGAGCCUGAUAGCAUCGAUGCGAGUGAAUGAACUGCAGACAGUUCUGUCUAUGUUCAAAAUGCCAAAACUGGGAAAGAAACAAGAAUUGAUCCAGCGGUGUACGGACUUGUUACGAACACCAGCGUUACAAAUACAAGUAGCUAAUCAGGUAAAGAUACUAGUUGGUAAAAAUAAUAGUCGAGCUGCACCGUACUCGGUACCUAUCAGGAACUGCCUGCCCAACGGUCUGAUGAUGAAUGGUAAUACUGGGUACGGCUAUCGCCACGGUACCAAUGCGCAGUUACUGCAUCAGAUGCAGUCAAACACUCUACAUCAGCAGGCUCGGGUACUGCGAAAUUUAGUGCCGAUUCCGCUUCCUUUUUACGAUUGGCACAAGACUGUGCUGGAACCUAUGGAACUGCCACCUAUCAUGUCGGGAGUGAAGACUCCUUGUAAGCAAACCUUCACAUUCCUGUUGCCUAGAGAGUACUUUUUAAAUUGGUCGUCCAACACUACCCCACUACCCCGAUAUGAAAUGCAGCUUAGAUUUUUCCAAGUGCCUGAUAACUACGCCUCCCAAGAGUUACCGGAUGAUUUUCCCCUCAACUGUGUGGCGCGAGUAGAGGAGCAGCAUGUCAAUUUACCGGCUCUUAUCCCUACCAACAAGCCAAAUGUGGAACCGAAACGACCAUCGCGUCCUGUGGAUAUAACGCAAUACUGUUUGAAUGUUCGAGAUUACAGUCGACCGAUGCGCUUGAUGGUGGAAUGGACUGGUGACAAGCGAACGUGGGCAGUCGCAAUUUAUCUGGUUUAUCGAGUGACUUCCGAAAUUCUGCGAGACCGCGCAACGGGUGCAGUCAAGGUAAAUGGUGAAAGCAAUAACGAACGGCCGAAUCAUCGCCAAGAAGAAAGCGUCACAAGGAAUCUUAUCCGAGCACGGUUAGGCGGUGGAAAUGACGAUGACAUAGCAAUGGACCAACUCAAAAUUAGUCUAUUAUGUCCGCUUUCUCGGACGCGUAUCAAUUUACCGGCUCGAUGUAAACUCUGUCAUCACCUGCAAUGUUUCGAUCUGUACAACUACUUACAAAUGAACGAAAGGCGGCCGACAUGGCGUUGUCCUGUUUGCAGUGGCCCAGCACAUUUCAAGAAUAUCAUCAUUGAUGAAUAUUUUCAAAAUAUGCUCGCCAGUGUCGACGCCGAGACUACUGAAGUAGAACUUCUGGUCGAUGGCUCUUACAAAACUGUGGAAAAUAAUGUUGUCGAUUUGGAUGACGAAGAUGCCCCAACAACUACUGGAGCUGGGGAUACCGCCGCAUCAAGUGGGACUGGCACACCAUCCACUUCUGCACCCCCUUCAUCAUCUCAUCAUAGGCCGAAAAGUCAUGAGGAAGAGGUUAUAGUUCUCUCUGACUCGGAUGAUGAGGAUGAGGCAGUCGAACAAGCGAUUCGCAAUUCUAUAGCAGAAUCCGAACGCGCCGCACCCGCACCGAAACCGGCAAGCCCUACGCCUCGAUCUAGAGACAGCUCUAUAAUAAUAAUUGAUGACGAAAGCCCACCUCGACCUGUUCAAAACAAAACUUGCAAUGGGUCAAGCUCGUCUACGUCGACACUUUCACCUCCGAGCACCUCUGCGGGUACUUUGCCAUCGCCACUCAUGUGUUCUUCACCGAUAAGCACAAAUGGAGUAAUGGCGGCUAGCCGGUUAGCCGCUCCACCGUUACACAGUGUAUUGGCUGGACAUCAAAAUCUUUACAAUAGCACGGCGCCCCUAUCAUACUACCACCAGUCUCAGUGGAGUCAAGCGGCCUCCAGACCACAAUAUCCGACAUCCCAGUCACAGACCUCUGCCGCACUCAACGCCGGAUCAGCCUUCACCCUCUCUUACAAAGCACAGCCUCCUCCACCAAUGAGCACACUAUUGGGACGAUACAACCCAACUGCAUCUGCGUUACCAUUCGGUUGUCCAAAUCCAACACAACCCACUCAAACGUCACAUUUUGGCGGUGGCGCAAAUCUGCAACAAGUGCUGGCGUCACUUGUUCAGCAAAGCGCAUUUGCUAAUGGUACAGGUAGUAGUCCCGGUUCUACUAACUCAUCUCAGUAAUAAUGGAUCAUCCCAGGUUUGUGGGAAAUUUGAUUUGAUCCUUGUUUUGUGGGAUCCUACGAUUUUCUUUGUUUCUGUCGGUGUCAUUUGAGCUUGUUUAAACAUUAGCGCUUCAAUAUCCGUUGAUUCUCAUGUUUUUCGAUGGAUUAGUUUUUGCUAGAUAGGGUUUGUGUGAUUAUGCUUGUUCCGAGCUGCGUCGGGUGCAACUAGCUGUAAAGUAAUUGGGAUUGUCGCUUGUUUUACAUAUUGUGUCCAGGUUUUUAGAAAGCGGU